AUGUCGACUAUUACUCGGACGUUGCGGAACCUCCGCAGAGUUGGUAUCAAGGACGCUGCCCACCAGAUGCAGUAUAUCGGUGAUACCAAGGCUGGUACCUUCAUCGGAACCGACCGUUACGGCAACAAGUACUUCGAGAACAUGGCGGAGGAGCUGCCGCUCCGGACACGAUGGGUCGACUACAAACAGGCUGAAUACGACCCUUCGCAGAUUGAGCCCGGCUGGCACGCUUGGAUGUCCUACUUGGUCGACCAACCCCCAACCGUCGACAAAUUCAUGCAGACCGGUAUCCGUCCCUGGGAAUUGCCCGAGCAUCGCCCUAUGCUGACUCUCUCCCGCGGUGCAUACAAAACUUAUUCGACCACCCGCCCCAAGGUUUCUGCCUGGACACCUGUUGCCGCUCCCCGGUAA